CCCUAACUCUCAAUUCCUAACCGACGAGGUUCCUCUUUGUUAUUUCUCCAUCGUUAGCGACACCACCACCUAGAGAAGUGAAAAGUCAGUGAAGAGAAACACAGAGAGAGAGAGAGAGAGCAGCCAUGUCGUUCAUGAAAGGAGAUUUGCUAACAAAAACCAGAAAGCUCGUCAAAGGCUUAGCCAAAUCCGAACCUGCCUGGCUCAAAGCCAUGGAACAUGCACCACCAGCAGCAUUUCCUAAAUCAAGUGGAAAAGUUGAGAAGAUCAGUCUUCCAGAGGAUCCUUAUAUAAAGAAAUUCUUCUCCAAACAUCCUGAUUCCAAACACGAAGAUGCCAUCCUGAUUUCAUCUUUUGAUCCCCCUCCUGCUCGUAUUUUUGGUUGGCGGGUACUUGAGCUGAAGGAGCAGGGAGUUGGUGAAGAAGAAGCCAUGGCUGUAGCUGAUAUGGAAUAUCGAACGGAGACAAAGGCAAAAAAGAAGGCGUAUGCUCGAUUGAAACAAAUUGCUAGACUUCAGGGGACAACACCUCCUCCCAACCCAUAUCCCAGUGUAAUUAAGGAGAUACAAGCAGAGGAGGAUGUGUAUCUUCGGGAGCGUUAUACCAAUCCCAAGAUAAUUGCAAUAGCGGAGAAGAUGAAAGCGGAUGAGGCCGCUAAGGAACGAGAAAGAGACAGAUUCAGAAUUGACUGGUAAUUUGAUUCAGAAUUGACUGGUAAUUUUAGAGUGGCGUGCAUCUUUUCCAUUGCACAAGAUGUGACAACUGCUAUUAGCAGUCAUCCACAGGAGAUUCGUAUGUUUAACUUCAUUUUAUACUAGAUCUAGCAUUUGAGAUUUUUUUGGUAUAUCUACGUGCCGUCAGAUUUUGUUCGGUAUUAAGUCCCGAGCCCAGACGGGGAUUAUUUGAAUUGGAGAUCAGUGUAAGAUUCUACUUUGCAUACCAACAUGCUCUAUCAUGAAGUUUUUGCUAUGAAAUCUCGUUCAGAGCGAAAUAAAUUUUAUUA